AUGAGGUUCAAGAUAGCGCUGACGCUACCAGUACUGACUAUCUUCGCUCUACCUACAAGAGCAUUAUGGCCAUUCAAGCAAAAACGAUUCGUGGCGGAAGCGUUCAUCGAUGCUGGGCCUUUGGGAUUGGAAGAUGCCACGGGGAGGGUGAUAGCGAUGGGCGAUUGGAACGGUGAUCAACACUCGGAUCUCUUCAUUCUCAGUAAAGACCAGAAGUCGGUACAACUAUAUCUCUGGAAUAGAGAAUCAUUUAAAUUUCUCCCUUCUCACAGCGUCACCCUUUCUUCCAAUAUCAUUAACGUCGUCCCUGGCGAUUACAACCAUGACGGUCAGCUCGACCUUCUGGUCAUGUAUGAGGACAAAUCCGAUGGAGGAUGGUGGGGUGGUGACAAGAUAAGACUGGGAAUGCAAGUGUAUAUUGGAGGAGGAGUGGACGGGGGGUUUCAAACGGAUCCUUGGGCCAUACCUAGCUCCACUAUGGCUCAGCCUCUCGUAUUUGACGCUGAUGGAUCGUUGAGACCUUCCUUACUUGGAUUUCAGGAGGAUGAAGCUGGGGAUAAUCUGGUCAAAGUAUGGAAGAAUACUGGCUCUGGGUUCACAUUAUUAGCGCCACCUCUCCAGACACCCGAAGAAGCUUGUGUACCAGCCAGUCUCCAUUCUAGUGCUUUCUUAGAUAUAGACGGUGAUUGUUUACCAGAUAUCAUUCUUCAUUGCACUCAACCACAUACUUCUCAUCAUUCCAUUCAGAUCUGGCUGAAUCAUGGUGAAGCUGGUUUCGCCUUGGCUAGAACGUAUGAUCUUCCUAAAGGUAGUGGUCCACUCUCAUUCGCGGACAUGAAUCGUGAUGGAUCCAUAGACAUAAUCUUCCCCACAUGUUCUGGGCAUUCUUCGUCCACUGGACUGGGUAGUGACUGCAGCAUCAACAUAGCAUAUAAUCAACAAGUCCCCAUUUGUUCCACUGAGCGGUCACAGAAUACCAAAGAUGGGAGUUUGAAAUGUCGUGGCUGGGGAGAAUUAUGUACUCGAGACGAAAACUUUUCAUUCUCCUUCGACUCUUCGAGUGAGACACAGAGUAUGCUGUCAGUGCCCCUGUCGACGUUGUUGGAGAACUCAAUCGGUGACGGUGAUCUCCUCCUUCAUCCUCCUCAUGCAAGGAGUAUCCCUCUUCCUAUCCGUCCGGGAGAUUUCAACGUUAAUGGUUUCCCCGAUCUGCUCAUCACUAUUGCCAACUCCACGGCCGCUCCACCGACAGGAGGUCCAUUCGGUUCAUCGAGACAUGCCGGUCAUCAGGUGAAAAUAUUGGAAAAUGUACCAUGCGGGAAAGGUGUUGCCGGAUGCGAGAAAGGUAGCAAAAGAAAGAGAGGAUUGAGAGUCGGAUCAGGGAAAGGAUGGACGGCUUUGGAUGGUAUUUGGGAUGCGAGCGGUGCCAGCUGGAUGGACUUGGAUGAUGAUGGAUCGUUGGACAUUCUGGUACAGAGGACAAAUGCACAGGGAGAAGGACUGGUCACUGUCGUACAGAACAAUUUCUAUCAUGACGCGUUCUUCCUCAAAGCACAAGUGUUGAAUGGGGCAUGUCAAGGGGAGUGCGAGACCAUUGAAGCAAGAAAAUACAGUCCUCUCGGGGUCAGCUAUGGGGGCGCGACAUUCAAAUUCACCGUACAGGAUACACUUGGUCGGAGGGUGGCACAACAAGUAGCACAACUCCCUCAAACAGGCUACCACGCUCUGGGUACACCGUAUGCGUUUUUCGGUCUUGGAAGGACGAACAACUACGUAGAGCGCCUGACAGUGGGCACAUCCCUUCAUCCUCCUGGUCACACAACAGAUCUCGAAUCUCUCAUUCCUAAUUCUCAAAUCAUCAUCAACCCUCCUUUCCCCGAUACGGGAGAUUCAGAAUCACCAGGGAAGGUCAGGUCAACGGAAUGGAGGUCGGAAUUGUAUCUACAUCCUGGGGAUUGGGUUCCAUGGGUCGGUGCGGCGGUAAUAGGUACGGUCAUCAUAUUGGCAAUCGUGGUGUUUGGCCUGAACGAGCGUGAGAAGAAAGAAGAUGAGAAGGAACGUAGACGAGCUCUUCACGCUAUCAACUUCCAAGCCUUGUAG